AUGUCGAACAUCGAACGGGCGCCUGCAGCGGUGCAGGAAGCCAACUUCAGUAGCGGUGUUGCUGGUGCGUCGAUGGGCGAGGGUGGGGAGUAUGGCAGUAUUGCUCGCCGCGGUGGGGACGCCGGCAAGGCGAGUGUGGCUUCGUCGCGCGUGGUGGCACCGGACGUUCUGCGCGGAUUGAUCUUGGCGCUCAUGUCGCUGGAUCAUGCGGCGCUCUUCAUGGGUGCCUGGCUUCACGGUACGCCCAAGCAGACCGAAUCGGCAGCUACGGUGAUGAUGCAGUGGAACUUCAAUGCGGCGUACAUCAGCCGUACGCUCACGCACAUCUGCGCGCCCGGCUUCUUCUUCCUGAUGGGCAUGGGCACCGUGUAUCUUCAUCGAUCCAGGACGCGGCUUGGAUGGUCGAGCGCGAGGUUGGCGCGACACUUUGGCGUGCGUGCGCUCGCACUCACGGCGGUGAGCGAGGUGAUGGGAUGGCUGCUCAUGCGCGGACGCGGCGCACUGGUGAUCAACAUUGUGCUCAUUGGCCUUGCGGUCGACUAUCUGUUGACCGGUCUGCUGUGCUUGCUGGUGCAGAAGACGGAAAAGGCCGCAGCGGUGGCGCUGGAUCGAUGGCAAGGAGACAAGCAGCAGCCCGAACGAGCGCCACUUCUCACCGACGCCGGGGCGGGCGAAGAGCAACGCGGUCAAGACGAAGCGGGCGAGAGGAUGGCGUCGCAGCGUGCGCAGACGACGGCGUUCUGGCUGCACAAUGCGCUGCUCGGUGUGCUGACGUACGUGACCAUCUUUUGGAACGUGUGGCUCUCGCCUACGCACGGCCACUGUUCGUCGGUUCAAGCUUUCAGCAGCGCCUCCGAGCUGGCGAACGCCGAGGCGGUGGUGCUGUUGGUGGGCACAUCUGCUGCGGGUGCUGCCGCGGGUGGCGCGCCUUCUGCGCCCGUGUCGCGGUGGGGAGCGUGGUUCGACUUUUGGUUCUAUCCGGUGCAGAACUCGAUGGUGCUGUCAGGCUUCCCGCCGCUGGGCUGGAUCUCGUUCUGUGUGCUGGGUAUGCUCUAUGCGCGUAUCAUGCUGCACAAGCGCUGGACACCGCGCGCGACCGUGGCAGGCAAUCUGGCGGUGGCCACGGUGCUUGCGGCGCUCUUCGUUGCCACACGGCUGCUGCACGUGGGCAAUCUGUCGGAAGGCUGCCUGCGCAUGGCUGAGCAUCUUGCACACCCGGACAGGAACCAGUACCUGGCCUCGGUCAAGAGCUUCUUCUACAUCACAAAGUAUCCGCCCAGUCCGUCGUUCUUUGCCCUGACCAUGUCGGUCAACUUUGGGCUGCUCGCGCUGUUUUCGGCCAUCCCGGCUGGAGUAGCCAAGGCGAUUCCGGGCCUGAUGGACUACGGCGGCUCGGCGCUGUUCUUCUACGUCUUGCUGUCGGUGCCGGCGCGGUACUGGUUCGAGCACGAGCUGUCCGAUCGGCCGCCCAACGACUGGGAGCGCACGCGCGGGCUGGGCGACUCGGCGGCGUUCUGGAUCACUUGGCUGUUGGGGCUGGCGAUGCUGAGCCCCGUGUGCCGCGCAUACGGCCGAUUCAAGGCAGCCCAGUCUACGGACUCGCUCUGGCGCUUCUUCUAG